AUGGCUGCCGUGCGGAGGUGUGGCGAAUUGAACGGUUGGCCAUUACACACUGCUGGCCAGGACGGUGCAUUAUUGGCAGGUGCGCUGGAAGCAAACUUCCCAUCGGUAGACAUCCCCAAGGAAUGCGGAGCCCCGGCGCCAAAAAUCACAGGUGGCUUCGACGAGUGGAUCAAAGCCAACCCGCACAUGGAGAGCCAGGCUUACAACGAGGUCAAGAAGUGCAGUUGCGGCAAGCCCUGUGCUGUGACGAUGGCACUUUGCAACGCCUGUGGUGCAUCACUCCAAGAAGUUGAAGUAUCCAAAUCCCCCAACCUCUUCGUCGCCUUUAUUUAUGGCGUGGACAAGGCAUCCUUCCCCCUCAGAAUAUCUAUGCGCCUGGAGACCAAAGACAUGAUGGUGUUCGAUGAUCCGUUGGCGAUCACACGUGCCCAUGUCCUUGCAGUGCCAACCAAUGUCUAUUGCCCCGACAUCCGUUCGCUCUUUGUGGACCCUGCCAGAGCUGUGGCCCUCCUCAAGAAGAUGGAGGCGGCGGCCUGGACCGGCUUGCAGCAAGGGCCACUAGCUUCGGAGGUGUGGCGGCGCAAGGCGCUGUCUCCUGAAGGAAACGCUAUGCACAUCGAUGCCCUGCGCGAUCACGUGGUGAUGGCAUUCAACUUGCCCCCUUCCCAAUAUCAGCUGCAUCUCCAGUACAUGCUGCCGCCCCUGCUCCCUUCCCACCUGGGGGUCUUCCGGAAAGGGGCCCACUUCAUGAAGAUGCGGCACUUCCCGCUGGCCUACGUCCUGCAGGCGCUGGAGAAGCUGGCGUUGCUCGGGGAAAGCUGGCCGGAUGCGCCGCAGCUGACAGCUCAGGAGUUGGUCGACAAAAUCACACCGCUGGGCAUCGACUACGGCAAAGCGCAUGAUGACGACAUGAUGCGCCUGCAGAAGAGCAACGACCUGCUGGCAAAUUACGACCCGGCGGACUUCACCCAUGCAGUGAAAGGAGAUGAAGUGACAGACAAGCACACCCGCACGAAGGUUGAGGGUGUCACGGCCAAAGACCUGGACGGAAAAGACAAGCUGGUGCUCCAGGGCUAUGGGCGGCCCUACGAGGGUGGAAAGCCAGGCGGGGUCUAUUACAUGUAUCCGCGCGACCCGGAGCCAUUGCCCACCCUGUCGACCAGCUCGGCAUGCUGCGAUGCGAUAUUUUGCGGCGCUGCUGCUUGA